AUGGCACAGGACCAGGCUGUGUUUUGUUCUGUUGUACAUAAGGUCACCAUGAGUCAGGACAGACUGGACGGCACCUACAACAACAGCGUGGAUGAGCAGCCUUACGCUGGAAACAAUCUGCUUAGGCUGAGAAGGAGAGAGGAAAAGGAUGAUUAUUCCACUGCAUAUAUGGUGACACAGAGGACUUUUAGAUUUCGACAAACAGAAGCCAUGUUAUUGUCAGAGGGUAAUAAAGGUGGUGUCACAUUUUCUCUUUUGGGCUUCUCAGAUUACCCAAAACUGAAGAUUCCCCUCUUCUUGGUAUUUCUGGCCAUCUGCAGUGUCACCGUUGUAGGGAAUAUUGGAAUGAUUGUAAUCAUCAAAAUUAACCCCAAACUGCACACCCCCAUAUACUUCUUCCUCAGCCACCUCUCAUUUGUGGACUUCUGCUAUUCCUCCAUCAUUGCUCUUAAGAUUCUGGAGAACCUAGUUGUAGAAGACAGAACCAUUUCAUUUUUAGGAUGUGUAGUGCAGUUAUUUCUCUUUGGUACCUUUGUGGUGACUGAAUCAAUUUUAUUAGCUGUAAUGGCCUAUGACCGCUUUGUGGCCAUUUGUAACCCUCUGCUCUACACAGUUGCCAGUCUCUACACAGAGAUUCUGUGCUAUGCUGGUGCCUGUGGGCUUCCGUUAUUCGGGCGUGUAAGUGCCUGCGGGGCUCCGGUAUUUGUGCGUGAUCCUGUGUGGCGGUUCCGCUAUUCGGCGUGUUGCACUCUCCGUUUGGGCCUGUUCUUUCCUGCGGGACUCUCCGUUCAGGUCUAUUUUUGCCUUCGGGGCCCUGUUCAGGCCUCUUCUUGCCUACAGGGCUCCUCUAUUCUGGCCUGUGGGAAUCUCUGUUCGAGCCUUUUCUCGGCUGCCGGACUCUCCUUUCGGGCCUGUUCCCCCCUGCGGGACUCUCCGUUGGGGCCUAUUCUCGACUCCAGGCUACCCUAUUCGGGCCUAUUCUUGCUUGUGGAACUCUGGGCCUAUUCUUGCCUGCGGGGCUCCUCUCUUCAGGCCUAUUCUUGCCCGCGGGACUGUGUAAGGGCCUUUUCUUGCCUGCUGGGCUCCAAUUCGGGCCUAUUCUUGCCUGCGUGA